AUUCGGAGCACUGCCCAUCUGGCGGAUGUAUUUUGGGUGGAGGGAGGUGUUUAUGAGCGAGAGUUAAACGGCGGGUCGCCGGCAGUUUUCAUUCCACUCGGGAAGUGUGAGAUCUUGGCGUUUGUGGUUUGUGUCGCGCUCGGAGUAAGACCAGCGUUGCAAGAUGGCUGAUCAACUAACAGAGGAACAGAUUGCUGAAUUUAAAGAGGCCUUCUCACUAUUUGACAAGGAUGGUGAUGGAACCAUCACUACCAAGGAGUUGGGAACAGUAAUGAGGUCGCUGGGACAAAACCCUACAGAAGCAGAACUGCAGGACAUGAUCAAUGAAGUUGAUGCUGAUGGAAAUGGUACGAUUGACUUCCCAGAGUUUUUGACAAUGAUGGCACGAAAAAUGAAGGAUACAGACAGUGAAGAGGAAAUAAGAGAAGCAUUCCGUGUAUUUGACAAGGAUGGUAAUGGCUACAUCAGUGCUGCUGAGCUUCGCCAUGUAAUGACAAAUCUGGGUGAAAAGUUAACGGAUGAAGAAGUGGAUGAAAUGAUCAGGGAAGCAGACAUUGACGGUGAUGGACAAGUCAACUAUGAAGAAUUUGUACAGAUGAUGACGGCGAAGUGAAGGCAUUGUGUGUAUAUAAACUUGUAUAAAUUUGUUUAUUUGCCUUUUUCUUUGUUUGUAAUUUAUCUGUAAAAUGUUUAUUCCCCUGCUGUCCAAAGGAAUGCAUGUACAGUAUUUCUAGGGUUGAAGUCCUCAUCUCUUGCCCCACCCCGCCCUGCUGCCAGCGUAUCAAGUCCAGGCUUGUUCAGAUCAAGUCAGCAGUUGUAUGUGGCUUGGUCUAGAAGUGCAACUGACUAAUCGCUCUGCCCAGCAACCUUGCCACAAACUUCAAGUGAAACAUCUCCCCAUAUCUGUCAUAGCUGGAUGUCACUUGGCAACAAUGUUGGCAUGUAAACACCUAAUGUGGAGUAAUAACUCUGCAUGGACAAUGGACAAAGUAUAUAUAAAAUUUCUCCGCAUUGCACUAUUGCAAAAACGGGUGUAUCAUCCAGGUACUCGUACACUUACUUUUUGUAUUUGCUGUCCUGUUUGAUAACUCCUUGUUCAGUUUUGACUCUGCUUUUAAAACUUGUUUAGCCACUUGUUUUCCUUCUUAAACUGUUGUGGCAUAAACAUGCCUCAAAUAAUCCAUUCCAAGUUGUAUAUUUUUGUUUUCCAAUAAAACUGAAAACUUG